AAGACGAAAAGAUAUUCCAGAACAACUACUGUCAUGGAUCUUGCGUGUAUUGUGUGUAAUGCAGCCAGGGACAAUAAUUUAACUCUGCUGAAGAGUGUUCUCAAUGGCAGAUCAGCUUCAGAGAUAUCAAUGCUCAUAUCAUCCAAAGUUAACGGAGCCACACCCUUGGUCAUAUCCUGCCGAAAUGGACACAGUGAAAUUGUAGAAUAUUUAUUGACAUGGUGUCAGGCUGAUGUCGAACAAGUCGGCUCUGUUAGUUUUGAUGGUGAACCCAUAGAAGACGCCCCACCACUAUGGUGUGCCUCAGCUGCCGGACAUCUGGGCAUAGUUAAGCUCCUGGUUAGACACGGUGCCAAUGUGAACAGUACAACGCGAACAAAUUCCACACCGCUGCGCGCCGCCUGUUUUGAUGGUCACUUUGAAAUUGUCAAAUACCUUAUACAACAUGGUGCCGAUUUUGAGGUGGCAAAUCGUCACGGACACACCUGCCUGAUGAUUGCCUGCUAUAAGGGUCACUUUAAAAUUGCCCAGUAUUUGUUGUCGCUCAAUGCCAAUGUGAAUCGGUGCAGUGUCAAGGGCAAUACAGCGCUGCAUGACUGCGCCGAAUCGGGUUCGUUGGAAAUACUGCAGUUGCUGUUGAAACAUGGUGCCACAAUGGAGGUGGAUUAUUAUGGUAUGACACCGCUGCUGGCAGCAAGUGUAACAGGUCACGUGCCCAUUGUUGAACAUUUGAUAACCUUGCCCUGUGUUACACGUGAAAGUCGUAUCGAUGCCCUGGAGCUGCUCGGUGCCACCUAUGUAGAUAAGAAACGUGAUAUGGUCAGUGCUUUGUCGCUGUGGCGGCGAGCCAUGGAGGAGCGCAACUUGGAACCGAAGAUACCGAAAAAGAUCCAGGAACCCAUUGCGGCCUAUGAAUAUGUCACGGAAGUCACCACCAUAGAGGAGUUGGAAGAAUUAGUCUUAGAUCCGGACGAAAUGCGUAUGCAAGCAUUAGUUAUAAGGCAAAGGAUAUUGGGUCCUACACAUCCCGAUACUAGUUACUAUAUUAGAUUUAGAGGUGCUCACUAUGCCGACGCAGGUCGUUUCGAUCGGUGCAUUGACCUAUGGACAUAUGCUCUAACCAUGCAACAAAAAAUCCUACCACCUCUUAGCCCCAUGACCCAGUCUUCGCUGCUCUCGUUUGCCGAACUCUUCAGUUUUAUGAUGAUGGAGGCGGGCCGUCUGUUGCCACGUGGCCGUGUGGUGCCGUCCAUUGAGGCCUGUGACAUGUUAAUGAUCUUCUGCAAAGCUGUGGAUGAGGUUGAGCGAGGUUUGUCACAUUAUCAAAAGCAAAAGCUGCAAUCCGCUGCUACCGUCUCCUCCUCCUCACUUGCAGGACAAAGUUGGUCGAUGGAACAGCAACAGAAAAUCGGCACAACAGCAACCACAACAACAACGUCCAUUGCAUCUCUACACGACUGCAACAAUGAUCCGAAUGCUUUAAGCCGAGCCUUGGUCAGUGCUUUACACAUUGGCUGCCUCCUGGCAUGGUUAAUCGAUGAUGAAUCGUGUUGCCCGAACAUGCGAAGAGAUAUCCUGAAGGCUCUCUACAGAUUGAAUCGUCUCAAUGUGGCCGUAAGAUCUGGUCGUACAGCUUUACAUUAUGCCUGCUAUCGUGAAGGUACACUGGUGGGUCGUUACCCGGCCUGUCAAUUCCCCUCACCCUAUUUGGCUAAAGCUUUAUUGGAGGUUGGUGCUGAUCCAAAUGCAACCGAUGAUGCUGGUAAUACACCGUUGCAUUUGGCCGCCAUGGUAUAUCCGAAGUGGCCGCAUAUAGCGAAGAUUUUAUUGGAUAAUGGAGCGCAUAUAGAUGCCCGUAACAAAGCUGGCGAAACCUUCGAGUCUCUUAUCAAACCGAAGAAGAUACACGAAACCGUCAAUACUCUCAAGUAUACAACACUGGCAUGCUUGGCAGCGAAAACAAUACGAAAACAUAAUAUCAGCUAUGCUGUGGGAAUGGUGCCGGCAACGUUGCACAAGUUCAUUGAUAUGCAUUAGAUUAUUAAAUUAUAUCAUA